AUGGCAGUUCUACCAGAAAACUCUGGAUAUAUUCAAACUUCAGAUCCAAAAAAGCCACGUUCCGAUGCAGCUGUUCCUUUCCGCGAUAUCAUACCUUCGCCGGAUCAUCCCCGCAUUGCUGGGAUACAAGAUCAUACGGCAUUAAGUUGGUGCGAGUCGAGGAGACAAAUUGAAGCUCCUGCUUGGUUGAUAGACCGACUUGAAGCAAAGAACUUGGAGAGACCAUACAAAGGAUUCACAUCAGAUGGAAAUGUUAGACGGGGCCUAUCAGAAGAGAUGGAUAGUUUGAGCUUGAUGCAAAGUUUGCCUAAGGAACUACAAGAUAAGGCAACUUUGAGUAAGGGUAUGGAUGGAAAGAGCCUUCCAGAUGAUAGGUGGAAUCCUUUUGACGAAAGACACUUGGGAGGUGCGAGACAAGAUAACAGGAUCGUUCCCUAUGAAGGAUGUCCAGUUUCUGAGUUUUCAGCCGACAAGCAGGAACAAAUUAUUAAGCUUUUCAAAACUUUCAAUGAGUAUUACCCCGAUGCAGUCUUGGAGCACAGAGUCGCACUAUUUAAAAAGCAUCUCGACGAAACAUAUUUUGCUUGGAUUGGUAAAUUUGGAGACGAUGAUCCAUAUUAUUAUCGCAUCCAUAGUCCUGUAGCAUUUAUGGAAUUGGAUUUCCAUUGUGGCAGACCACUUUUCCACAAAUAA